UGUGUGUAGACUGCUUUAUAUCAUUAUAUGUACACACAUACGUUAUAAACGGCUGAAUUGCACUUGUCGUUUGCUGGCACAUGUUGGCGUAAAUUCGAAAUUAAAAUGGUGGAUAAUUCAUACAAGGGUUAGCAUUUGGGAUACCUGUAUCGCACCGCCAACUUGCGGGGAGGAACACGGACUGGAUACGGGCUAAAACACUCCUCCAAAAGGGUUCGUCGUUCGGUGUUUUUGUUUCGCCGUCGUUGUCGCACACAAGGACAAGGUGGCACCUAGUCGCCAUGUCGUCCCCUGACAAUGGAAAUACGGACGGGAAGACACCCGGCAGGUUUAAGUCUGAACCCGAUCCAGAUAUGCCGAUAGAGGGCGACGACGAAGCUUCCGAACUUUUGAUUAACAUCAAAGAGGAGCCGAUGGACGAGGAUUAUUAUCAGACCUAUUCAAAUACCAACGGAGACACGUGUCCAAGCGACUCGGCCGAAAGUGCCGAGUUGGAUGAUGACGUAGAGUCAAAUAACUUCGAUAAAAUUCGUGAGACCAACGAAAACGUAAUGCAACAAACCGUAGUUACCAAGAUGGCGAUUGCUCCAGUUACCACAGUGCCAAACGGUGGAGGGUUGAGGUCUAAUAUCAAGACGACCAAAAUACUACCGAAACCCAUGAAGUUUGCCGGGAUGACCACAAAACAGGUUGUUGCUUCGACACGCUUGCUGCCUGUCGGCCUUAAAACAUCGUGCCCCAUCCCGAUCGCUCUGACGGUCAACACGCCCGAGGUGGACCCGAAAGCGAAAGCUGCUCUGACCACCAGCCAAACCUCGGCCCACCAUCUCAUGACUCUUGCCACAGAGGCAGAUAAAAUAUUGAAAAGGCAAAAGAAGACGAGUGAGAAGGGUUCUAAUUCCGAUCACACCGACGAUGACAAGUUGAGUUACAGUGAGGAGGAGGACGGGAUGUGCACCUCAGACUCCAGUAACGGACUCGACCCUUUUGCGAACGGCUCCGAUCAGACUUUGACCCUGAUUCAAAGGCGAGCUGCCGAAGCAUCUUUGUCAGCAUCCAAGUCCAAGAAAACCAAGAGAAAACGGAACCAGUUACCAGACGACUUGAAAGAUCAGACGUACUGGGAGAGACGGCGGAAGAACAACGAGGCCGCAAAGAGGUCCCGUGAUGCCCGCCGUGCCAAAGAGGAUCAGAUCGCGAUUCGGGCUGCAUUGCUGGAGCAAGAAAAUAUGAGACUCAAGAUUGAGGUAGCAGCCCUCAAGGAAGAAACAAUAAAACUGAGGGGAAUGCUUUACGAUAAGCGAUGAUAGACACGAUAAAACAAUAAUGAACUUAUCCCUUGCCGAUUUUUUUAUUUUAUUGUUUAUUUAUUGUUUAUUUAUCGUUGUUAGCGUCCACUUGGCUUUCCGAAAUGUUCAUUUGGCAGCCAUGUUUUAUCAAGUUAUUGCCUUCAUGCAUUGAGAGAGAAGAUCGCAUCGUUUUGUACAUCGAUAUCAGAGAAAGCUACAGGUGCCUUGUGAGCAUUUUUGGCGAAAGAAUAGUUAAGCUGCCUUUGUAUUUGAAAAUGAGCGCGAAAUGGCACGUGUGAAUUUCAUUGCAACAUUUUGGGCCAAAAGUUUUCGGAAGCUUUUCUUACAUUAUUUACCGGGUAACGACUUCUUUGCGGAUUGAAGCGAUAUUUAGUUGUUGGAAAUGAAUCUUUUUAAGGUGGUAUGGCACACUUUUACACUGCACGUUGUGCAGUGUGUUGGAGUAUGGGUGACUUUGGUCUAGAGAAAGGACCACUAGGCUUUGAUCAUUUCACUUCAGCCGGUGUCCCAUGGAAUUCCGUCCAGGAGAUUCUGUGACCCGUAAUAUGGGAAAGUAACAUGGGCUGGAGAAGGAUGCGUUAUCAGAGGAGGUUUGUACAUAGUUCGCCAUAUGGCCUGGGGACACAACCUCCUGCCAACCCGCAACGUAUAACGGAUAGUAACGAAAUACUUAUCACAAUCGCUAAUGACAUCGCUUGCAAAAUCUUCGCUGGUUUCUAGUCGGUAUCUGCGUUACUUUUUCUGUCGUAUUUGUUUUAUCCCACCAAACUAUCAAUGACUGUACGCAGGUUCUUGCUGUUAUUUUCAUUUACAGAGAGACAACUCUCACAUGAUCACGGUCUUCUUUUUGUGCUUUGUUUGUAUGCGGAUAUAUUUUUGAGUGACAUGGAAGGCCCAUUUUAGGCAGAAGUGUGUACCAAAGUCACUAGGUUUACUCUGUUGACUUAUUAUUUUAUACCUUUUUAUCAACCAAACCAAAUUUCAAAUCUCGAUUACCUCAGGUUUUUUUUUUCUUCAUCUGUCUACUACGCAUAAAUCAAAAAAAGAGGAGCGAAGUUACCGUCAUGAAUUUUACUAAAAACUAUUGCAUUAUAAUGUAUAGGCCUACGUUGUUCAACGAAAUUUGUUUCAACAGAAUUAUAAUUAUUAUGUUCCUCAAAAGAAACCGUACAUGAACUUUAAAGACAUUGGACACUAUUGGUAAUUGUCAAAGACAAGUCUUCUCACGUGGUGUAUCUCAACAUAUGA